AUUCACCACCCUCAGGGUAAAGAAAUACCUCCUCAUAUCCUUUUUAAAGCUGCGUCCUUUUAUUCUGAGGCUUUGCCCUCUGGUCCUAGACACUCCAAUUAGCGGAAACAUCCUCUCCAUAUCCACUCGAUCCAAGCCUUUCAUUAUAUGCUGAAAACUGGCAAGGUUGGAACAAAAGGCAAGAAGCAGAUUUAUGAAGAGAACAAGGAGACACUGAAAUUCUAUUUGAGGAUUAUUCUGGGAGCUAAUGCUAUUUAUGGAGCACUGAACCUCUUCCUUUUCUACAGUUCAGUCACAUUCUGGACCUGGGGAUUGCUGGCCUUUGCCCUGGUUGUCUACAGCUUCAGCUAUCGUUGGAUGCAAGGAAUGGCCCAUCCCGUGUUCUCCCCGGACAACGCCCUCCUCGAUGGCGGCAUAGACUUGAACAUGGAGCAGGGUAUGGCAGAGCAUUUAAAGGAUGUCAUUCUACUGACUGCCAUUCUACAAGUCCUCAGCUGUUUAUCCAUGUACUUCUGGUAUCUAUGGCUACUAGCACCAGGGAGAGCUAUGUACCUAUUGUGGGUGAACUUCCUUGGACCAUGGUUUACUGCAGAACCUCCCACGAACCAAGACAUAUCGGAAAAGAAACAGAGGAGGCAGGAGCGACGACAGAUCAGGAAGAUGCAGUAGGAGACUGGGCCGUUCCCAGGCCCUUGUUUACAGAUCGCUUACCGGAAGCUCCUACCCUUCCUCCCAUCGCCAAGGUUCCCAGCCACCACCUCUUGUUAAGAGCUCUGGCUGUGCUGGGGGACUCUUGCUGCUUCUCCACCACAGUCCCUACUUUACACUGCAUUUAUUCCCAGCCUACAGAGCACUGCUGUGGGAGAUGUUGAGCAUGCUAGGUGGCUCUCUGGUCAGGCGUUACUGACCAGAGAUGUGGUGCAGAGGCCCUGCCUUGUUGUGUCACUGAACCGGUAGGUGGAUCGAAGGUAAAAUUAUUGGGAUUUGUGAACAAAACUUAAAUGGCGAUAAAUCACUACCUCAUGCUGUGACAUCUGCUCCUUGUAGCUUGCCCCUGUAUUUGUUCCUUGCAGUGCUCUUCCCCAAUUCCUCGUCUACUCAAGGUGUCUUUCUCGACUGGGACAUAAUUCCUCUGUAAUUCAUAUUUUUUUGGGAUGCAAUUGGACAUUGCUAAUGGGAAUAUUGGCCAAUAGAAGAACAAUAAUCGAACUGGAAUCUACAUCAUUGCUUGUAUAUACUUUACAGUGCCGAGUCCGAGCGUGGGGCUGUUGGUGCCACUGGAGACUCAUCGUUGACCUAGCUGAACUCCAGUGAAACCACGGGCAGAGAUCAACCUCAGAACCUCUCGCUCAGUGACCAGGACCUGAGAUUGUUGCUGUUUGUGUUUACUGAUGACUCCGAGCUUUUGCCAAUAUUGCCCAUUGAUGCGUCAUUGCCACUGCAACUGCCUGCCUCCUGCGUACACCCUCGCUGCCUUCACCUCGCACGCAUGUGCAUCACCAGCUACGUUAAUAAACCCGAUCCAGUGGUUCAUUUGCUCAGGAUGUGGUGCAGAGGCCUGGUUCUUCUCGUGUAGAGUUGAUUAAAUAGAAACAAAUAUGUUCCUCACUCUCUGCACCUCCUUCCAGCAUUCAAUAUAAUUUUGCAGUCCUGCAACUCCGUCCAUCUCUUUGGUUUUUAUUCCCCAUAGUUUUCUCAGCUAGCCAAAAUAUGAUUUUUUAUUAUUUAAUUGAGCAAUUAACUGCAUUUUUGUAGAAGGGAAUGCCAUCCUAAAUAUCCUGCUUCUGAUUUUUAAAUUAUGAUUCCUUGUCAAGUGUGUUUGAUCAAAUCAUUUCAAGUUCUAAAAACUACAAUCAUAUUAUUUUGUAUUGCAUCAAAAAUAAGUGUGGUUUGUAAUAGCUCCUCAAAAUCGAACUCCUGGAUUUCUGGAAACCUGCCUUUGCCUGUAGAUUGGUCUUCAAAGCUUGCUUUCUUGUUGCACUUCUCUCUUAUCUAUUCUUGGGACAGUUUGUUGAACUCUUGCAUCUUGCAAAAUCUUGCUGUGAACCCUUGCACAAUAUUUCAGCCGGCACUGCAGCAUCAUUCUGAGUACAGGAUGCCUCUGCUGAACCGGUGUGUUAGUGAAAGAGCCAAAGGCAUUAAUUUAUGAAGAAUUGUUCCCUGGUGUCAUGGUAAGUAUUUAUCUCACAGCAACAUCCCUAAAUCAGAUUCUGGUCACUAUCUCAUUGCUGUUUGUGGGAGGUAGCAGCAUGCAAACCUUUGGUUAGAUUAUAACAUUGAAACAAUACUUUCAAUGAGUACUUUGUUGCCUGUGCCAUCCUGGCACCAUGAAAGGCACUAUAUGUGCAAGCCUGUCUUCAAGUGAAUGAGUUCCUACUUUACAAGUACAUAUCGCCAUGGCAAAAUGGUAUGCCCCUAAUUCAGACACUGAGCUCCAUGGAUUCAAAUAGAGUUUUACAGCUGCAGAGACUACAUUGGAAAGGGAAAUAGUGGCAGGAUUGGCACAGGCACCAAAGAUAUUAAUAUUGACCCAUCAAAGUCUUAAUGCAUGGACUGAAGUGCCGAACAAGUGAGGAAGGAAUGGCUGAACGAGUCAACGGCCACCGCUGAAGGACUUCGAUCAUUUACUGUAUUACAUUUGUGACCAAUAAUUUAAAGUUUUAUUAAAAUGAAGCAAUCAAUUUACUGAAUGAAAUAUUGAAUAAAUACUAUAUAAUGUGCUACAUUGUG